AUGAAGCACUUAAAGUCGCCCAUCGGACUUCAGGUCGACCGCGAAGGUCUUGGCCCAAUUGUUGGUGCUUUGCAAACUUCUACGACAUACUUUUCGCCCGAAUCGACUGAAAGUUCAGGCGGAAAAGAAGACUCGAGCAGAGGCAGUUUAUUUCAGCAAAGUGGAGCGGAUAGAAUUUUGACGGCGCCUCAUUGUUUAGGCGCCGCUAAUCUGUCUGAUCUUGAGUUUUUUGGUCGCAGAAGUACGACUCCAAUGUCGACUCCGGAGCGUAGUGAUCCAGUCUCUAAAGAUAACAAAAGUGUCUCUGAAACGGCAUUCGACGCUUCUUGUGACGCAAGGAAUGAAGGUGGUGCGUACUCCGAUGUCACUUCUAAAAAUGGGGUGAAAUUUAGUGACACUGUUCAGAACAACAUUUCAACCUCGAGAGACGCUGCUGUUCCAAAGAGAAAGUAUUCUCGCAAUGGGUGCUUAGGAUGCAAAAAGAAAAGAAUGAAGUGUGAUGAGGGCAAGCCAUCCUGUUGGCAGUGUUCGCGACUAGGCAGAGAGUGCGUUUACGUGCCGAAUACCAAGAACAAGAAAAAACAACCGCGGGUUGGUAAGACUAAUAACUCUAAUGCUAAAAUCAAGGCCAAGGGUCAACAGGCGGAUCUGGUUCAUCAGGACUUUCUAGCAGUAGCUGAUUCAACUGCUGAUGAUACGAAAACGCCCAACUUGAUGGAAGACGCUACCAAUGGUAUGACACUCACACAAACCCCGACAAUGAUCACAGAGUUGCCGAAUUUGAUUCCGACCAAAAACAUCAAUGCGUAUGACGCCAAUUUAUUGAUACAAAAUUUGAACGACAUUGUCAAUAUGAAAUUGAGUGAAUCGAUGAUCAACGAAGAUUUCAAAGACCUCGACUUCCCUGAUUUUGGCUUUCCAGACUUGAACGCUCUUUCUACUAGGGAGAAUUAUGCCAGCGUUCCCAUUUCAUUCCUUGUGGAUAACGUGAUGAAUUUCAAUCUCAGUUUGAAAUCUUUUAAACUAGGACACAUUCACGAUAAAUACCUGGAGGUUUUCUAUUAUGACUGUUUGGAUUCCAUUGCGCCAUUUUUCCAAAACCAAGGAAACCCGCUGCGCGACAUUUUAUUGUCGUUUGCCAAAGGAGAAUCAUAUCUCCUAUCAGCCAUAUUAGCCGUGGGAGCAUCUAUUAGACAUCGUAAAACGAAUGAUGUUGAGGACGAGAAAACUUAUUGCGCAUACUUGUCUCAUUGUCUGGGGCUUCUCAGUGAACAGUUUAAAAAUGAGAUGAAUGUUGUCAAUAAGAUAGAGCCAAUUAGUUUAACGGUCUUGAUGUUAACUUGGGAUUGUAUCUACACAAUGAACAGUCAAUGGAGAUCUCACCUUAAGGGUGUCACUGAGCUGUUUAAAAAGAUAAAAGCUGGCGACUCUUCCAAAGUGCUUAAUGUAGCAAAAUGCUGGUUUAAAGUCAUUGAGACUUUUGCAAGUAUCAGUUCAGUAUUAGGAGGUGCUUUAACCAGUGAAGUCGACCUUGACGCUAUUUUUAAUCCCUUUGAUUACCCAUACGUCGAGUCAUUGAAAUUUCUAAACAUCAUGACUCCUCUUAAUGAGUUCAAUUUACUGCGAGGGCACAAAGAAGAUUUUGAUCUGGUAAUAAAGGAAGUUUUUAAGGCAUUGAAUAUUAUUCGUCACUCUGAAAGGAACUACUUCUCGGAAGAGGGUAUAUUCGACAAAAGUUUGGACUAUCUGUUAUGGUCUAAUCCCAACACUGACACAUUUAAGGAAUCUCUAUCCUAUUUCAAAAUACAGAAAAUUUUGGUGGAAUUAGACAAACAGUUGGAAUACUCCUUCAUAGACAAUAGUGGAACCAUUCCCAUUACAAGCCAAUCUCAUCCAAAAAACAGUAAAAUUAUUGACAACGCUAUCGAUGUUGUCAAAAUGAAGAACGGUGAUGAAAUUGCGAUAAGCUGGUAUGACAUCUCACAUCAAACUCAAGUUUUAUCCUUCUUAUUAAUCGUUUUGCUCAAGCUUCUGGGUAUACCGAAAGAAUCUAUCGCGAUACAGCAGAUAGUUAAGAAAAUAACCAGUUUUUUUGGGUUUCUGGAUAGCGACGACCCUCCUCAAAAUUUGAGAACCUGUUAUUCGAAUUUUGCAAUUUUGAUUGCCGGUUUGAACGCUAUCGAUGAGGGCACGCGGGACGUGAUAAAAAAAUACUAUAAACUCAAUGGAAGUAGAUUCCAGCGCCUGACUGAGCACAAUCUAAAUAGGCUUGAGAAGGUUUGGUACGGUAAUAAACAAGAGUACAAAUUGGAAGACCAGGACGUGUUGACUUGGUAA